AUGUCCUCGAGUAGCGAUUCUUUACAAUUCGCAGUUCUGAACAGCACCAACAUCUACCGCCAACACUACGAAGCACAAAACGUUACCUGGAACUCAACACUAGCCAACUACGCACAGAACUACGCCAAAAACUGCGUAUGGAAACACUCAGGCGGUCCUUAUGGCGAGAAUCUAGCCGCAAACUUCGAAUCCCCCACCCUGGCAAUCGACGCCUGGGCCAACGAAGAAAGCGAGUACAGCUACGACGACCGCAAGUUCACGGAGAAAACGGGGCAUUUCACGCAAUUGGUCUGGCAGAAUACGACGUCUGUUGGAUGUGGUCUGGUGCAAUGUGAUAAUGACGCUGAGAAUGGCGUGAAGGGUGCUUAUCUGGUGUGCGAAUACAGUCCGCGAGGGAAUGUGAAGGGUCAGUUUGGAUGCAUGGAAACGUGGAUAAAUCAUGCUGGUCUUGACUAG